GUACGACUUUCUUGACAGAAAAGAUGAAGCUAUGAAAUUGGCAAGAGAAGCGUUUGAUAUUGCAAGUGUAUCAUUAGCGUCAUCACAUUGUGAUUUGGCGUUGUAUACGAACGGUAUCGGUUAUUGUUGUGAAUCUCGAGGAGACUGCAACGAAGCCAUCGUGUGGUAUGAGAAAUCUAACCAAUUGCUGCAACAACUACCUUUUUCGCCUACGCGAGACGACAUCCUUGCAACAACUCUUAUCAAUCUUGGUUAUUGCUUCAAAGAAAGCGGAAACCUCGAAAAGGGUGCAAAUUUACUGGAGAAGGCAGUUACCCUCAUACGGUCGUGCUGUUCACCUUCUCAUCCAAAAUUGGCAUCUGUUCUCCAUUGCCUUGCCAAGCCGUACGACCUUCUGGACAGAAAAGAUGAAGCAUUGCAACUCGCAAGCACAGCGUAUGAGAUGGCAACCGGGUCGCUGCCGCCUUCACAUCCUACUUUGCCACAUUAUAUGAAUACUGUGGGAAACUGCUAUCGAUCACAAGGAAACUACGAGGAAGCCAUAUCGUGGCACAAGAAAGCUCGAAAAUUGCAUCUAAAACAAGAUUGCUCGCCUCUUCGAGAUGUCGACAUUGCUACAAAUUUGUAUUUAUUGUCUCUCGACUAUGACAAGAAAGGAUGUUGGAAAGAAGCCAUAAAGAUGUGUCUGGAAGCCAUAGAAAUGGAAAGAAAGCGCAUCUUCCCAAAUCGUACCUUUAUUGCUAUUUGUAUGAUGCGAUUAGGUUCGUAUGAAAUCAAGACCUCAAGACUUGAAGAGUCUACGUCGCACUUGCAAACUGCCUUGUCGUUUUUGCAAGACAAACUACCUACUAGUCAUUACACAGCAGAUUGUCACUUUUACCUUGCUACGUUAUUCCUUGCCAUGAAAGAAACAUACCAAGCUUGCCUACAUGUAGAGAAAUGUCUUGAGAUACGAAAAAUGGUUUUUCCCGAUUGUCACAGAAAGAUAAGGGAAGGUGAGUGUCUAAAACGAGACAUUGGAGGGCUGAAAGAAAAUACAAGUGGCUGACAUGAUAUUCCUACUUUUCUGAUUGUGUGUUGCCGUUUGCUUGUGUUCUUGUUAAAAUUGAUGGGAUUAGUUGGCAUGGUGCAAGAGAACUCUAAGGAUGUCUAGAUAGAUUUUGCGAUUGCACCUUAUCAUUAUUUUAGCCAACAGUUUAUAUACUUUUUCACUUUGUAGUUUUA